AUGAGGUCAACCGCAUUGGAAGGCUCCAAGCGCACUGAAGAAGAGGAGCGGGUCAUUUUUCAGAAUUGCUACUGUGAUAGGAUCUUUCUUGGGAAGGACAAGCAAACCAGCGUACAUUUUUUCAAUGCAAACAUAGGUAAAAAUUCAACAAUGCACCUGGCUUUGACUCCAGAUGCUGGAAAGUUCCAAGACCCCACAAAAAAUUUGAGCAUGGAACCCGUGCAACUGGAAUUACUGACAAGCGCUUUCUCAAAAGACUUGAAUUCCAUAGCAAGAAUCGAGGCAGGCUUGAAGAGCUCAUUUCCAACUUCAUUGCGAACACAAUAUGCCCACCUUGCCUAA